CCUUAUCCACAAUUACGGGCCCUCUCCAAACGGGCCUUUCAUUAAUGGGCCUUGUUAAACUGAAAUUAGAUUAAUUAAACAAUUAAUAAGGGCGUUGUUCUCGUUUCAAACUUCUCUUCCUUCUUUGUUUCCAUCGCCAUUUCACCAGCAAGCAAAGCUUCAAGCUCUGCCCUGUGUUUUUUCAUAGGGUUUUUUUUACCCUUCUUAUGGCUGCAUGUGGUUUUGGGGCUUCUGGCCUUAAAUUAACAAGUUUGAAUUUGGGAUCCACUAAGCCCAAAUUGAGUGUAGUGCACAAUCUGAGAACGAAGAAAUUUGUUCAAAGUGAUGGGUUGCUAUUAACCACAAAGUCAAGGAAGACAUUUGAUUGCCGGUGUUCAACUGUUGAAGCUAAACCUGCUGCAGCAACAGCUAUUCCUAAAUCAGAUGAUAGUUCGAGUAAGAUUGUUUCUUCAGAAACUGCAAGUCCAUUGAUUCCAAAUUCAUAUGAGGUGGAGUCUCUCCUUGCGGAAAUAUGUGAUACAACUUCAAUUGCAGAAGUUGACUUAAAACUUGGUGGAUUUCGUUUAUAUGUGAAGAGAGACUUGACAGGGCAAAGUACAACUUCAUUGCCUCCAAUAUCCAGUCCUGUCAGUAUUCCCUCAUCUGUUGAAGUGGCAGAUUCAAAUGGCUCAGCCUCAUCAACAUCAUUAGCUAUCACAAAAUCUUCACCUCCCUCAGUUGGAAUUCAGACAAUGAUUGAAAAAGCUGCAGAUGAAGGCUUGGUGAUAAUUCAAUCUCCUAGGGUUGGUUUCUUCAGAAGAUCUCGAACCAUUAAGGGAAAGCGUGCACCUCCAGCCUGUAAAGAAAAGCAACAAGUGAAGGAGGGACAAGUAGUUUUCUAUAUUGAGCAGCUUGGAGGCGAGCUCCCUGUCGAGUCUGACGUAUCGGGAGAGGUUAUCAAGAUACUCCGAAAAGAUGGAGAUCCUGUUGGAUAUGGUGAUCCUCUAAUCUCAAUCCUUCCUUCUUUCCCUGGUAUAAAGAAGCUUCAAUAGAUGGUUCUUGUAGCAUAUGUCUUCUGGAGCAGAGUUCAUUAUUUUUUUAGAGAAUACUCGAGUUGAAAAUUGUUGAUUGCCUUCUAUUGAAAGUGCGGGAUUUUUAUUAAGCUUGUUUAUUUGUUUUAGUUUAAAUAUCUAUCUGGAAUCUGCACCAGAAAUGUUUUUAAGUUUUUGAAUCUAUACUCGCUUUCUUUUGCAAUUUGUGUCUCAAAGGGUUAUUAGCUCUGGUU